UAAAGAAAACUGAGUGUGUGUUGUGUGUGUGUAAGAGUGAAGGUGACGCACACUAGUCCAGACAGAAAGAAAACAGAAGAGGAACGAGCGGAGCACGCAAUUAGGAAAAUCUCAAAUUCUAGUUCAUUACCAGGUGUGCAACAUCCAACAAAACAGAAUCAACAGGAUGAGUUUCUUUGGCAAAAUGUUUGGGGGCAAGAAGGAGGUGGCUCCAUCCACAGGCGAGGCUAUACAAAAACUGCGAGAGACAGAAAAUAUGCUUAUCAAGAAGCAGGAGUUCCUCGAGUCCAAAAUCGAGGAAGAACUGAACACGGCACGCAAGAAUGCAUCGAAAAACAAAAGAGUGGCAUUACAAGCUCUGAAAAAGAAGAAGCGCCUGGAGAAACAGCUACAACAGAUCGAUGGCACCUUAUCCACCAUUGAAAUGCAGAGGGAGGCUCUGGAGAGUGCCAACACGAAUACUGCCGUCUUGACCACAAUGAAGAAUGCUGCCGAUGCCCUCAAAUCGGCGCACCAAAAUAUGGAUGUGGACAAGGUUCACGACAUGAUGGAUGACAUUGCUGAGCAACAAGAUGUGGCUCGCGAGAUAUCCGAUGCCAUUUCAAAUCCCGUGGCCUUUGGCGCGGAUCUGGAUGAUGAGGAUCUUGAGCGUGAACUCGAUGAGCUGGAACAGGAGAACUUUGAUAAGGAAAUUAUUGGCAUUCCAGAGCCAACGCACACGCUACCAGAGGCACCUACAGAGGACUUGCCCGAAAAGGCCAAGGAGAAGAAGAAGACACCAGCAAAAGUAUCAGACCCUGAAGUGGACGAUGAUCCCGACAUGAAGCAGCUUUUGUCCUGGGCCAAUUAAAUAAUGAAAUCUCCCUCCUUUCUGCUGCUCCCUUCCUCCUCUUACUUCACCAACGUCGUCACUUUUGCAAAGUUGCCCUGUGUUUUGUUUUUAAAUUAAAUAUGCAAAUACUAUGGAAUAAGUAUAUAUAUAUAAAAAAAAAACAACAAAACAAAAAAACAAACAUUUUUAGUUCCGAUAUCGAGGAAAUUAUCAAAUGCUACAUACAAACAUAUAAAUAGGAAUGUGAUUUAACAAAUAAAUAAUAAAUAAAAGUCAGGCCACUUGCAGUAAAAUAGAGAGAAUUGAAUAUGUUUAACAUUCACUGAUAUAUUAUAUUCUGAUAUUUUUCGAAGUAUUUUUGCAAUAGUUUAGUUUGAGUUUUUCCCGAUUUGUUUUGCCGAAAUUACAAAUACCAAAAAAUAAAAAAACUUGAAUAUUUUAUUUACAAGGAA